AUGUUUGAUUUUCAAAUCCCAAUUGUGAAGUUUUGUUCAGAGAAUUUGAAGAGUGGAAGGAAGGAAUGGGUUUUAACGAGGGAGAAAGUUCGAGAAGCACUUGAAGAAUAUGGAUGUUUUGUGGCAUUAUACGACACCGUUUCAAUGGAUGUUAGUUCGAACAUGUUUCAUUCCUUGAAACAAUUGUUCGAUGUUCCAUUAGAGAGGAAGAUUCAGAAUGUGUCUGAAAAGCCAUACCAUGGCUACUUUGGUCAAAACCCUCUAAUGCCAAUCCAUGAAAGUAUGGGCAUCGAACAUCCCAUUCUCCCCACCAAUAUCCAUUCCUUCACCAAUCUCAUGUGGCCUUCUCAUGGAAACCGCCCUUUCUGUGAAAACGUGACGUUGUAUGCGAAAUUGGUAUCGGAAUUAGACGAGAGAGUGAAGAGCAUGGUGUUUGAAAGCUAUGGGGUUGGAAAGGUGUUAAAAACCCAUAUGGAAUCCACCAAAUAUCUCAUGAGAAUGAUAAAAUACAGAGUCCCCAAGGAAAAGGAGAUGAAUUUGGGAGCAUUUCCUCAUACAGACAAGAGUUUUCUCACCAUUCUUCACCAAAAUGAAGUAAAUGGUCUGCAAAUCAAAACAAGAGAUAACAAAUGGCUUCAAUACCAUCCUCCUUCUUCUUCUUCAACCUCGUCUUUCAUUGUCAUGGCCGGAGAUGCAUUCUUUGCUUGGAGCAAUGGGAGGAUCUACUCACCACCUCAUAGAGUGUUAGUGAGUGCAAACAAAGAGAGAUAUUCAGUGGGGUUAUUUUCUUUCAACGAUGGGAUUAUUCAAAUUCCUAAAGAAUUGGUGGACGACAAACAUCCUCAGCAGUUUAACCCAUUUGAUCAUCAAGAUUACCUUCGUUUUUACACCACCGAGAGAGGCCAAAAUUCCCCUUGUGCUAUCAAAGCUUACUGUGGGGUUGGAAAUAGCCUUGUUGAUACUGAUUCCCGGAGUACUCUUCUCUUACAUUAAUCAAUAAUAAUGUACGACGUCUAUAUCGACACAUUAUUAUAGUUUGUUUAGAAUGAAGUCAUUCUAAGCUCAUACAUAUAUAUAAAUAUAUAUUCUCAUUUUCAUAAUUUUAGGAUGUAUCUUGA